UGUCAUUCAUUCUGCUGAUGUCAAAUUAUAUCGACAAAAUCAGUGUUUGUUGUUUGUUUUGGAUUGUUUAAAAAAAUAUAGAAAAUGGGUGAGAGAUACAAUAUUCACAGCCAGCUUGAGCAUCUUCAGAGCAAAUACAUUGGUACUGGGCACGCGGAUACUACGAAAUAUGAGUGGUUGACCAAUCAACAUCGUGAUUCGUGCUGCAGUUACAUGGGACAUCCCGACCUGCUGAGCUACUUUGCUAUAGUCGAAAACGAGUCAAAAGCUAGAGUAAAGUUCAACCUUAUGGAAAGAAUGCUACAACCUUGCGGUCCUCCGCCAGAGAAGCCCGAAGAUUAAGCUUCUAUAGUGUAUUUUAGUUUCUAAGUUCAUUGUUUCUCUGCUGUGUUGUGGUGAAAUACCUGAUCUUGUAUGAAGUGAUGUGUAACUCUUAUUUUUAAGUAAAGUGAUUAAUGCUUUA